UCGAACGGGCUGGCGGCUGAGGCGGGGAAAGGUCCGGAGCGUCCCGCCACCCGUCUCCUCCUCCUCGUCAUCUCCCGCUCUGUCUUUGCAGGAUGUCCGAGCUGGGGAGCGACUCCAGUACUAUGAUGGCGGGCGGAGAAGAGUCUAAGAAUAAGCGGAAAGGAGGAAGAAUCGUGAAGUCUCGCUACCUGCAGUAUGAUAAGAAAGACGCCAAGAAGAACACUUCAGCAAAUUCCUUUUCAACGACUACUGCUAAAUCAUCUUCAACUAAAUCAAGAUCAGUUCUUCCUCAGAAACGUAAAACUUCUGCUGGUGUUGUUUCUAGCUCUGUAAAUCAGAGUAGUUUUGAGAAAGGUGACUUGCAGUCCACUUUACUGGAUGCAGAUAAAAUUAGUCGACCAGACCUUGAUCUUUCAGCUAUUAAUGAUAAAACUGUCCACAGCAAGACUCCUGGCUCAAACGCGGCUUGCAAAGGAGAUACGGCUUGCAAAGGAGAUACGGCUUGCAAAGGAGAUACAGCUAGCGAUGGAGAUAUAGAGGCAUGUCAGAAAGCCGAAAAAGUGGAAAAUGAUUCUGAUGCUCUGAUGGAACAGCUGGAAUCUCAGACACUGCUUUUGACUUACCUAAGGUUAGAGGCAGGAAAAAAUCUUGCCAAGCUGGAAAAAAAAGCAGAAGAAAACUUGUUACUGUUGUGCAAAGAAAAGGAGAGACAACAGGAGAAGCUCUGGGAGCUGAAGCGUCAAAUUCUGCUCAAAGAGAGAGAGCAGAAACUUGAUGAUGCGUUAGACAAACAGAUGGAAAUACUUUCUCCCCUUGUUCCCAUUUGUGAACAGUUUAAAGAGCAAUAUAAAAACUUUGCUGUUUCCCUGGAUGCCACUAGACAUCAAUUACCCAUAAAGAAUAUUCACAUAGAAGGAGAUAUGCUAACAUACCUUGAUGAACUACGAAAGCAGUUAACUAUCACGCAGGAACUUCUGGCAGCAGUUUUGCCAAGCUACUCAGAAGAAAGUGCAAAAGCAUGUAGUGUACUGAAAGAGCUUAAAGAAGUGUCUCAGAAAAUGGUUAAAGAGCUUCAAAGGACCUUCACACAAGUGCAGAACCUGUCAUUUGAAGUUAGUAAAGAAGUUUCCCUGCAUAACCAAAGAAUAUGUGAAGAGAAUCAUGGACUAGAUGUUGUGAAACACUGGUACUUCAACUGAGUUUGUUGUUUUGCUAACGGGUGGGUACUCAAUCAGUGCCAGCAGACUUGUUCAUACAAGAAGUAAAAAGAUAACAUAUAACUUGUCCAAAUUUUCAGUUAUAGCAGAAUAUGAAACCAGGAGCAGGUAUACUUACUAAUAUAAGCAAUGGAGUUUUCUUCUGCAUGCUGUCCCAUAAGGAGACAUCUUUGUUUUUGAACAGAAAUUUCUAUGACACCUUUCUCAUCUUUUUCUGCCUUGACAAUACUGAAAGGUAAAUAAGAAAUGUUAUUUGUAGCAAAGGUGAUCUAUGUAUUUUUAAACUUCUUGGUUUACAGUCUUGGAACUGGCUUCAAGUGUGCUGAUGUGCAUCUCUUGCCAAGUAGUGUUCCUUGGAGGGCAGCAUAUCAGAAUAGAGGUGUGGAAUUGUGUGUGUGGUACUAGGCGUUCGCUGAUCUCAUCAGGAGGAUCUGUAGGAAUGUACAGCAUGGUCGCCGGUCACUCAAUGAGUAGCUUCUGGAGGAACUCUUGAUUGCCCCUUAUUUCUGGAUUUGGUGAGAGGCAAAGCUUCGUGGGUAACAAGUAAUGAGGCUGCUGUUUGGAAGGAGCCUGGUCACUUGUAACAUGUGAAAAGUUUUGGUAACUUGUUGUCUAAUUGUAUUGGAAACAAAUUACUAAAACCAUAAAUGCUUUUGUAUUAAUCUGACACCUUCUCUUUAAGGACUUUUUUUUUUUUUAAAUAAUAAAGACUAUUUUCCACUGCUA